AUGUGGAAAUGCUAUGGCAGAACUGUUGAUAAAAUAUGUGAUGCAGUAACCGACUACACUGAGUUCGAUUGCUCAAAGUGUGGUAAGAGGCGUGCUGUCAACGAUGAGGCCCUCAGUAAUGGUUCACACGUCAUCGGAAGGCUUUUCAGCGUCAGUAGCCAAGGCGUGGAGACGUGGGAGUACUACGAGCCCAGGCCUCAGAAGAAAUGA